AUGCUUGAUAGGAAGAGAUGCCACAGCUUUUUAUUUAAUGUCUACGCCAAAUUACUAUUCCUGUUGCUUUACAUCAUAUUUUGUACUUUGUUUGUUUUUCUCUUUUUCUUUCAUCAUUUCUCCUUUGUCUUUUUCAUCGUACACAUUUCAUAUUUAAUUCUUAUUCUCCUUUCUUUUCUAUCUUCUCUUUUUCUCUUUCUAUUCUUUCUUUUUCGCUCAUUCUUUUUCCAUCUCGCCAAUUUUUCGUAUUCUUUCUUUUUUUUUCUAUUUUCCGUUUCCAUUGCCUCCUCUUCGUAUUCCUUUCUUUCUUUUUUGCCUGUUUCCAUUGCCUCCUCUUCGUAUUCCUUUCUUUAUUUUUUCGCUGUUUCCAUUGCCUCCUCUUCGUAUUCCUUUCUUUCUUUUUUCGCUGUUUCCAUUGCCUCCUCUUCGUAUUCCUUUCUUUCUUUUUUCCCUGUUUCCAUUGCCUCCUCUUCGUAUUUUUUUCUUUCUUUUUUUCCUGUUUCCAUUGCCUCCUCUUCGUAUUCCUUUCUUUCUUUUUUCCCUGUUUCCAUUGCCUCCUCUUCGUAUUUUUUUUUCUUUUUUUCCCUGUUUCCAUUGCCUCCUCUUCGUAUUUUUUUUUUUUUUUUUCCCUGUUUCCAUUGCCUCCUCUUCGUAUUCCUUUCUUUCUUUUUUUCCCUGUUUCCAUUGCCUCCUCUUCGUAUUUUUUCUUUUCUUUUUCCCUGUUUCCAUUGCCUCCUCUUCGUAUUCCUUUCUUUCUUUUUUCCCUGUUUCCAUUGCCUCCUCUUCGUAUUUUUUUCUUUCUUUUUUUCCUGUUUCCAUUGCCUCCUCUUCGUAUUUUUUUCUUUCUUUUUUCCCUGUUUCCAUUGCCUCCUCUUCGUAUUCCUUUCUUUCUUUUUUCCCUGUUUCCAUUGCCUCCUCUUCGUAUUCCUUUCUUUCUUUUUUCCCUGUUUCCAUUGCCUCCCUCUUCGUAUUUUUUUUUUCUUUUUUCCCUGUUUCCAUUUCCUCUUCGUAUUCCUUUUUUUUCUUUUUUUUUCGCUAUUUCCAUUGCCUCCUCUUCGUAUUCCUUUCUUUUUUUUUUUUCUGUUUCCAUUGCCUCCUCUUCGUAUUCCUUUCUUUUUUUUUCCCUUUUUCCAUUGCCGUAUUCCUCCUCUUCGUAUUUUUUUUUCUUUCUUUUUUUUCCUGUUUCCAUUGCCUCCUCUUCGUAUUUUUUUUUUUUCUUUUUUCGCUGUUUCCAUUGCCUCCUCUUCGUAUUCCUUUCUUUUCUUUUUUUCCCUGUUUCCAUUGCCUCCUCUUCGUAUUUUUUUUUUCUUUUUUUUUUUCCUGUUUCCAUUGCCUCCUCUUCGUAUUUUUUUUUCUUUUCUUUUUUUCCUGUUUCCAUUGCCUCCUCUUCGUAUUUUUUUCUUUCUUUUUUCCCUGUUUCCAUUGCCUCCUCUUCGUAUUUUUUUUUUUCCUUUUUUCCCUGUUUCCAUUGCCUCCUUUCGUAUUUUUUUUUUUUUUUUCCCUGUUUCCAUUGCCUCCUCUUCGUAUUUUUUUCUUUCUUUUUUUCCUGUUUCCAUUGCCUCCUCUUCGUAUUUUUUCUUUCUUUUUUUUCCCUGUUUCCAUUGCCUCCUCUUCGUAUUUUUUUUUUUCUUUUUUCCCCUGUUUCCAUUGCCUCCUCUUCGUAUUCCUUUCUUUCUUUUUUCCCUGUUUCCAUUGCCUCCUCUUCGUAUUUUUUCUUUUUUUUUCCUGUUUCCAUUGCCUCCUCUUCGUAUUUUUUCUUUCUUUUUUCCCUGUUUCCAUUGCCUCCUCUUCGUAUUUUUUCUUUCUUUUUUUCCCUGUUUCCAUUGCCUCCUCUUCGUAUUUUUUUCUUUCUUUUUCCCUGUUUCCAUUGCCUCCUCUUCGUAUUCCUUUCUUUCUUUUUUUCCUGUUUCCAUUGCCUCCUCUUCGUAUUCCUUUUCUUUCUUUUUCCCUGUUUCCAUUGCCUCCUCUUCGUAUUUUUUUUCUUUUUUUUUUCCUGUUUCCAUUGCCUCCUCUUCGUAUUCCUUUCUUUCUUUUUUUUCCCUGUUUCCAUUGCCUCCUCUUCGUAUUUUUUUUUUUUCUUUUUCCCUGUUUCCAUUGCCUCCUCUUCGUAUUCCUUUCUUUCUUUUUCCCUGUUUCCAUUGCCUCUUCGUAUUUUUUUUUCUUUUUUCCCUGUUUCCAUUGCCUCCUCUUCGUAUUCCUUUCUUUCUUUUUUCCCUGUUUCCAUUGCCUCCUCUUCGUAUUUUUUUCUUUCUUUUUUUCCCUGUUUCCAUUGCCUCCUCUUCGUAUUCCUUUUCUUUCUUUUUUUUCCCUGUUUCCAUUGCCUCCUCUUCGUAUUUUUUUUUUCUUUUUCCCUGUUUCCAUUGCCUCCUCUUCGUAUUUUUUUUUCUUUUUUCCCUGUUUCCAUUGCCUCCUCUUCGUAUUUUUUUUUUUUUUUCCCUGUUUCCAUUGCCUCCUCUUCGUAUUUUUUUUCUUUCUUUUUUCCCUGUUUCCAUUGCCUCCU